AUGACCUCCUCAAACAUUUGUAACGAUAGUGAUUUGUUUCUAUCGUUGUCUUCGGACGAUGAGACACUUAGUGAUGAUAGUUAUCACAGUACAACUGCUUCUCCUUCACUCAACAUCACCUUAAAUUCUUUUUUCUCAGACUGUGUGAAUAACUUUAAUGCUAUUCAUAUUAACGCCCAAAGCAUUCCGGCUCAUUAUCCUGACAUGCUUGCGUCAUUUGAAUCCCAAAAUAUUCACGCCAUUUUAGUUUCAGAAUCUUGGCUAAAACCCUGUCUGCCUUCCACUUCUUAUUCUUUGCCUGGGUUUCAUCUAAUUAGAAAUGACCGCACUAAUAGGGGUGGUGGGGGCGUGGCGAUCUAUCUAAGAUCCUACCUUCCAUAUAAAAUUGUUAGUUCGUCAAGUCAACCACCUCCUGUUGAUUCUGCUGAGCAUUUGCUGGUUGAGGUCUCCCUGUCUCAGAAUAAAAUCCUACUUGGAGUUUUCUACAGUCCCUCCCUUUCUAUAAAUUAUUUUACUUCUUUCGAAUCUCUUUUAGAAUCACUAGUCCCUACGUAUAGUCACACUAUUUUGAUGGGUGACUUUAACACCUGUUUGCUUAAAGGCGACAAUCGAUCUAUAAAACUUGAAGCUAUAAUUGAAGCGUGUAAUAUGCAAAUCCUACCCCUUUCUGCUACUCAUAACUUUCCUAACAGUACUCCUUCCCUUCUUGACUUAAUAAUGGUGUCAUCUUCCAAUUUAGUUUUCAAGCACGGACAGUGUCCUGCGGAUGCAUUCUCUUAUCACGAUUUGAUUUUUCUUUCGUAUAAACUUCGCCCUCCUAAAAUCAAACCUAAAUUAGUUCUGCGACGUAAUUUUGGAGGAAUGGAUAUUGAACAACUUUGUGAAGAUGCUUAUAAUAUGGACUGGUCAGUGAUCGAGAGAGCUCCAUGCAUUGACGAUAAAGUGGAACUGUUCUGUUCUCUUCUCACUCAGCUUUAUGACGUUCACGCGCCAAUGCAUUAUGUGAGACUUAAACACCUACCUGCUCCAUGGCUCUCUGAUGACCUGAAGAAGCUUAUUUUGCAGAAGAAUGCGGCAUUGUCAAAGCUUAAGAGGAAUAAGACAGAGGAAAACGCAAGGAAAUACGCCAAAAUCAGGAAUCGAUGCAACACAUUGUGUAGAGAUGCGCAACGACGCCAUAUUCAUACAUCAGUCGAGAACGGCGACUCAUCUAGGGUGUGGAAGUUUCUCAAAACAGUUGGAGUUGGUAGAACAUCCCUAAAUGCCUCACCUCCUAGUGUUGAUUUUGAACUAUUAAAUCAACAUUUUUCUAAUCCUUCUAACUCUUUUGAUAGCGAACAUAAACUGCAAACACUUCGUUCGCUUUCUGUAACUCCGACUCCUAAUUAUCCUCCGUUCGUUUUUAGUCAGUUUACUGAAUGUGAUGUUAAGAAGACCAUAUUAUCCAUCUCCUCAAAUGCUGUCGGUAGCGACAACAUUAGCCGUAAUAUGAUUGUUCCUCUCCUUGAUGUUAUUACUCCCAUUAUCACUCAUUUACUCAAUGCUUGUGUCUCUUCCUCUAAAUUCCCUCAAGCCUGGAAGAGUGCUCAUAUUAUACCCCUUCCAAAGAAAUCUAAUCCCGUUAACCUCUCUGAUUUCCGUCCCAUCUCGAUCUUACCUUUCCUUUCUAAAGUCCUUGAAAAACUUAUUUGCCAACAGCUGACCCUUUUCCUUUAUAAGCACAAUUUAUUGAAUUCCUUACAAUCCGGUUUCCGUCCAGGUCAUAGUACGGCUACUGCCUUAAUCAAAGUUACUGAUGACAUACGGUGGGGUAUGGAUAAUAAACAACUCACAGUCAUGACCUUGCUGGAUUUCAGUAAUGCGUUCAAUACUGUUGACUUCGAUAUACUGUUGAGUCUGUUAUGUUCCCUUAACAUAUCUCCAUCAGUAAUUGACUGGUUUCAAAGUUAUCUCUGUGGCCGUCGGCAGUGUAUUCGUGUCGAUGAAACUCACUCAUCUUGGUGUGAUAUAACUGCAGGCGUGCCGCAGGGCGGCGUGUUGUCACCUUUACUCUUUUCCAUUUUCAUUAAUUCAAUCACUCAUAAAAUAUCUUCUCUCUACCACAUGUAUGCGGAUGAUGUCCAGAUUUAUACCCAGUCAACUCUUGAGAAUUUGCCGAGUGCAAUCGCUACAUUAAAUAGGGAUCUAAAUUUUAUACACGAGUGGAGUAAAUCAUAUGGCCUAAAUGUCAAUCCUAAAAAGUCUCAGGCUAUCAUUAUUGGUAGCCAGAGCUUUAUCUCAAGAGUUGACUGGUUCUCUGUACCACCUAUCGUAUUCGAUGGAGUUGUUAUCCCUUACUUUGACAAUGUCAAAAAUCUUGGUAUUUAUAUUGAUAAUUCCUUAAAUUGGAUACGCCAACUGAAUGAGGUAAGUAAGAAAACUUUUGUCGCUCUUUGUUCGCUGCGUCGCCUUCGAUCUUUUCUUCCCAUUCCUACAAAAAUUAUGCUCGCACAGUCUCUUCUCCUUCCGAUUCUCGACUAUGCUGACGCAAGCUAUCUAGACAUAACUGAGGACCAGCUAAAUAAGCUUGAGAGACUUCAAAAUACUAGUAUUCGGUUCAUAUUUGGAUUGCGCAAAUUUGACCGUAUUUCCCAAUUUCGCUCACGUCUCAAGUGGUUACCUAUCCGACUUCGCCGGAACAUGCAUAUACUUUCUAUUCUGUACUGUGUAUUAUUUCACCCUUCUACUCCUCCCUAUCUAAAGGAGAAGUUUAAUUUUGUGGGGCUUCCAGGGGAACCCUUACGCUCUUCGAGAAAAUUCAUUUUAAGUGUGCCAACUCACAAUACAUCAUUUUUCAAUAAAUCUUUUACUGUCCAGUCUAUUAAGCUCUGGAAUGCCCUACCUUUGCAUAUACGUGAGGCACAAACUAUUGUUAUCUUUAAGCGAUUACUUAAAGAGCAUUACUUGUCUCAAUCGUUCGGACACCGUUAG